GAUUGGCUAGCGCUGCGGCGCGUGGGGGAGAGGCCUUCUCCGAUUGGCUGACGGGGCCGCGCCGAAUCGGCGCGCGCGGGCUCAGGCCAGCAGUCCGCCAUGAACUGCCUGACGGUGCCCGGUGUCCAUCCCGGCUCCCCCAGCCGGCCCCGCGGGCAGAUACAGGUGAUCUUCGGGCCCAUGUUCUCCGGGAAGAGCACGGAACUCAUGCGGCGAGUUCGGCGGUUCCAGCUUGCCCAGUACCGGUGCCUGCUGGUGAAGUAUGCCAAGGACACGCGCUACAGCUCUUCAGGGGUCUCCACACACGACAAGAGCACCAUGGAGGCCCUGCCCGCCGGGCUCCUCCAGGACGUGUACCAGGAAGCGCUGGGUGCCGCCGUCAUCGGCAUCGACGAGGGCCAGUUCUUCCCAGACAUUGUGGAGUUCUGUGAGACAAUGGCCAACACUGGGAAAACCGUCAUUGUUGCUGCUCUGGAUGGGACUUUCCAGAGAAAGGCCUUUGGGAGCAUCCUGAACCUGGUGCCGCUGGCGGAGAGCGUGGUGAAGCUGAACGCUGUGUGCAUGGAGUGCUUCCGGGAGGCCUCCUACACCAAGAGGCUGGGAGCAGAGCGGGAGGUUGAAGUGAUCGGAGGAGCUGACAAGUACCACUCUGUGUGCCGAGCCUGCUACUUCCGCAUGCGACCCCAGCAGGCCGGGCCAGAGAACAAGGAGAACGUGCCCCUGGGCCUGAGGCAGCUGGAGACAGCUGCCCCUCGCAAGAUCUUCACUUGACUGCUGGGACAACGGAGGGGAAGGGAGCUCAGUGCUGUGGCUCACAGGCACCGGGCCUGCCUCUCUCUACUUUAACAAACUGUUCAGUGCCUCAGCCCUCCCUACCCAACCUCCCCGCACCAAGCGCCACAACUGAGGAUCCACCACGCCUGAUGCUGGUGGAAGCUGAAGCAAAAACCUGGCGAGAGUGAGUUCCCAUCUCAGAACAAGGAGAGAGACCAGCACAGCUACUGGUGCUGCCACACAGGUGCUGGGGCACCGCACGUGGAGCCGGGCCGCAGCGCUGCCGCCGCUCGCUGUGGCUCUGGCCAGCUCUCCAGUGCUCUAAGCGUGCUCAGGCUGCCACCGCUGCUUCUGCUGCCUGUCCACGCAGCCCUUCUCUCUUGUACACUUGCAAAAUUCCAGGUUUCUCAAGAUAAUGUACAGCCAUUAGUGUUUUUAAUGCAAUUUUUAACUUCCUUCCUUAACAGUCUGAGGUAACUUGUCCCUUGUCACAGAGCUGUGGCACAGCUUUUAAACUGACACACACAUCAGCCCAGCCCUGGGCAGGCCCCCAGCCUCUCUGCCAGCAUGCUCCCUGGUGUAAAUUAUUGAAACAGAAGGAGGCCUGGCAGCUGACUCUUCUGAGGUGUUGAACCUCAAAGGGCUGGCUGUGUUCUAGCAGGCUGUGGCAGACUCGUUUGGAGGAACUGGUCCUAGGAAGAGCCUCCUCCAAAUUCAGGGCAGUUUUUCUCAGGUUCAAGGCUGGUGCUGCCAUUUUGGUGCUGUUACCUGUGAGGGGUUUGGAGGCCCAAGAGUUUCAUCUACCAAGAUUUGGACAAUUAUUCCAGGGAAGACCCAGCUGCUUGGUAGUGGGGCUCUCCUGAGGAGCUGCUUCUCCAGUCUAGUCAUGUCUCUUUCUCCUCAGCCUCCCAAAGUUCUCGAGGCUGACUCUUAGUCUGCUCUAAGCUGACUGAAGGAUCCUCUUUGUUAGAUUCUGGAAAGUUGUUGUUUCCUUAUUGCCUGCAAAAGUGUGUUUUUCUCCUGCAAGUGUUUUUUUCUCAGCAUCCACAGGCUCCGAGCAGUAGCUUUGUUCUGGCCAGGCCAGACCUCUGCAUCUGAGUCCAGGGUUGCUAUUUGCCUGUGCCCUGGAAGGCUCCAAGAGCUGCCCGAACCCCCCCUGCUGCCCCCAUGUUUCAGGUGAGAAUUAUUGUAUUCACAAGCACUUGACUACCAGGCCUGGGCUUUCCCCCCAAGGCUGGGGAAGGCUCUGCUGCUGCUUUAGGUUAAUAAAUAAUUU